AUGGCGGGCAUGUUCAAGAACAUGUUUGGCGGCUCCCAGCCGUCGGGGUCAGCAAAGGUUGAGGAUGACUUUGCGGACUUUGUGAAAGCACCAGAGCCGUCUCCGGCCUCGAUCAUAGCAGCUGUGUCCUCCGGUGUUCCUGCGUCGAGUACCCCGGGGGUCAGCGCCGUUCCGUAUACGAAAUGGUACCGAGUCUGGGAGCGGACGUCCCCCAAAGACUUCCUCCAGGAGGCCAUGGUGAUGCCAUUCAUCCUGCUCAUUGUAGUCUUUCACCUCUGGGGCACGCGGAAGAACCGUCGCAAGGCUCGGGAAUGGGCCCAAGCUCAUGCGCCCUCUCUCCAGAAUGAGUUUGCGGUCGUCGGUUUCGAUGGCAUCCAAAAGUCCGAGGAUGAGGCUGCCGCGGUGUUGUCCUCCCCCGAUUCGAUCCUGAAGGAGAGGAGUCCCCAGGAAUUCGUCUCCUACGCUACUGGCCGCCAGAACGUGGCCUUUGUUGACGUCACCAUCAAGUUGCCUAAGCGCUACAACCCGAUCACGUACUGGAUGGACGUUGUUUUUGGUUUCUUGUUCGAGAGCUGGACUAGCCCCACCGAGACCUACGAGGCCAUUGCGUACACUUUCGAUGGCAAGGAGAAGGACGUCGUUCCGGUCCCGGCUAAGGAUACCUCUUCUCUCAAGGUGAACAACUCGGCCUACGAUGGAUUCAUCUGGUCCAUUGUGCACAAGAACUACAUGCGUCAAUUCCGUCAGGACCGCUACGAUGCUUCUAUGACUUUCACCAAGGAGAACGCGAAGCUCCCACCUUGGGUGACCGUCAUGACGGAAAGUGCCGAGAUUACCGAAACGCUGCUUACCCCGGAAUUGAUCCAGGCCAUUGAGAAGGCCGGCGAUGAUUUCAAGUAUCUUAUUGUCACUGAUCAGCCUGUCGAUAAGCCUUUGAAGAUCGAGGAGACUGUCCCUCGCAAACGUGUUCAUAUCUGCUUGUCCCUUCCCUCAUCCGCUUCUGGCUACGCUUCUUCCACUCCGCUAUUCAACCAAUUCCUUCGUUUCGCCGACAGACUCGUCGCCGUGGCUCACUUCCGCGCCGAGGUGAUGCGUAAGGUCCGCCACGCGCGUGAGGAGGAGAUCAAGAAGCUCCGUCGUGCGGACGAGGAGGAGAAGGCCGAGGAACGCAAGCUGGCAGCAGAAAAGAUCAAGAAGGAGGAGCGGGAGCGCAUUCUGCGUGGUAUGAACGCUGAGGAGCAGCGGAAGUUCCUUGAGCGGGAGCGGGAGCGGGGCCAGAAGCGCUCCAUGAAGAGGUAUACCAAGAGAGGGUAA